UGAUUCUGAUCUGUUUUUUUUAACUUGAUUUUUAACGAUUGAUUGUGCUGUAGCCUGUGUCCCCCCCCCUCCCCCCUCCCCCCUUUCUUAGUUAACAACGUUAUCAUAUGUUUAGUUGUUGAUGGGGUUGAUUACCAGUGUUGCUACGUGACUUGUCUAGGACCUUCCAAACCCCCCACGCAACAAAACAACUCUUGGCUUGCAUGUUGGAGAUCCUUUCCUACCUUUGGUUUUCUCUACUCAUGAUGUUGUGGUUUCUGUUUUCUUUCUCAAAUUAACCCAUUGCUUCCUCCAGUAGCUCACAUCAUCCUCUUCUAUCUCUUUCCCUCCUGCUCAUGACGUAGACCAGGAACCAACUCAGUGAAAGUUAUUUGAUGGCUAGAACUAAGGUUGCAAAGGCAGGGUAUAUAUAAUAUGUAAACUUUCCAAAAUGUGUAUUGGUAUCUUUCCAGGAUUUUAUGUAAUCUGUCACAAGACAUCUAGUGGCCCUUUUGGGUACUUCAGGUUAUCUCAGGUGUCUAAUAGUCUCUGGUCCUCUCUCCGGCCUUAUCACAAGUAAAAUAUAUGAAAUAAUGAAAUAAGAUGAUUUUAAAACACAAAAUAGAAAGCUGUCAAAUAUUAUCCUAAAUACAAAACCAUCAAGUUAUAUUGCGAGUUUCAGCAUGAAACUAUUUGAGUUAUACAUGUUGACAUAGUAAAAUUUGUUGUCAAUGUUUUGGAAGAGUUGCAGAGGUCAUUGAAAAUAAUGCCAUUGUUGAUUAGAUGCCUUUUUUAAUUAAUUAGGCUAUUUUUACUUCGACCAUAUGGUCUAUCUACUAGAAACUCAUGGACCAUAUGGACACAGAUAUAACAUCAAUAACAUAUAAUAAAACAAUUCAAGUAUAAAUUACCAAAGUUACGAUAGAUUGCCACAGAUUUUCUGUUAACUUACCAAAAUUACCGAAGAUUCCAGUAACUUUUGUAAAUUACUGGUAGCUUUGCAACGCCUAGCUAGACCUCUGAAGCCAUAAACCACUGUAGAAAUGUGUCCAUACAGAGAAGAGAAAGAGUGAGUGAGAGAAAUGGUGAGAGGAAGGAUGGAACCGGAGAAUGGUGUCAGUACUGUGGGACACACGAGACAGUGUGUUUAUGGUGUGGAUGGAUUGGUAAUGGAGCCCCUCUACUGGAACAAUACAGGGAACUGAGAUGACUGAGAACAUUCACACUUCCAAAAGGAACUGGUUUAUUCAAACAGACAUCCUGAUCCACUCUGUUGUCGCUCAUUGGUGACACAAUAUCUCAUUUGUUUUAAUACCAAACGUCUGAUUCUAAUUCUCACUGAGUGUAAAACUGACAGCAAAUACCAAAUGUAAGUAGAUUGUAGUGUGGAACAUAGAUUAAUACUAACCAAGAUAUCCAAGUAGGAUACAGAAGUUAUAACCUUUACCAUGUAAAACAUACAGCAUAUUUAAAAGGCAUACAUAUAGCCAGUAAACAUGGAGUGUAAACUGAUCUCAGAUAAGUUGUUUGCAGAGUGGUAGACUACUGGUCAGGCAGCAGCUGUUCACAGUGUUCUACACGGCUUCUCAAAUUCCGCUGGAAAAUGAGAGUCGCUCAGCGGGGCCCUAAAUAAUGGAUGUCAUAGACAGGGCCUUCGCUGGCUCGAUCACUGGCUCGCCGGCGGACAACAGGUGGGCUGCCUGAGACAUGUGCCCAGGGGCCGGGGGGCCUGUGUGCCUCUGUUCUAGGGGAUUACCCAUGUGUCUCAGUGAUUUACAAAGCACCUUUAUUUAGCCCUGAACUUUCAACACAAAAUGGCCGCCUGCCCUGUCGUCCUCCAACCAGAGGAAAGGUUCAUGUCGAUCGGACCAGUUUCAGCAGUAGGAGUAGGAGCUCUCCAUGUCCUCUGGUCUUCUACAACUGCCUGUCCAUCUGUGUCUUCUACAACAUCCUGUCCUCUGUGUCUUCUACAACUCUGCCUGUCCUCUGUGUCUUCUACAACUCUGCCUGUCCUCUGUGUCUUCUACAACUCUCUCUGUCCUCUGUGUCUCCUACAACUCUGCCUGUCCUCUGUGUCUUCUACAACUCUGCCUGUCCUCUGUGUCUCCUACAACUCUGCCUGUCCUCUGUGUCUCCUACAACUCUGCCUGUCCUCUGUGUCUCCUACAACUCUGCCUGUCCUCUGUGUCUCCUACAACUCUGCCUGUCCUCUGUGUCUCUACAACUCUGCCUGUCCUCUGUGUCUUCUACAACUCUGCCUGUCCUCUGUGUCUCCUACAACUCUGCCUGUCCUCUGUGUCUUCUACAACUCUGUCUGUCCUCUGUGUCUUCUACAACUCUCUGUCCUCUGUGUCUUCUACAACUCUGCCUGUCCUCUGUGUCUUCUACAACUCUGCCUGUCCUCUGUGUCUCCUACAACUCUGCCUGUCCUCUGUGUCUUCUACAACUCUGCCUGUCCUCUGUGUCUCUACAACUCUGCCUGUCCUCUGUGUCUUCUACAACUCUGCCUGUCCUCUGUGUCUUCUACAACUCUGCCUGUCCUCUGUGUCUCCUACAACUCUGCCUGUCCUCUGUGUCUCCUACAACUCUGCCUGUCCUCUGUGUCUUCUACAACUCUGCCUGUCCUCUGUGUCUCCUACAACUCUGCCUGUCCUCUGUGUCUCCUACAACUCUGCCUGUCCUCUGUGUCUCCUACAACUCUGCCUGUCCUCUGUGUCUCCUACAACUCUGCCUGUCCUCUGUGUCUUCUACAACUCUGUGUGUCCUCUGUGUCUCUUCUAUAAUUAUGUUUGACAGACAGGUGGACUCUGUUACAGUCAUAGAGACAGACAGGUGGACUCUGUUACAGUCAUAGAGAGACAGACAGAUGGACUAGUAAGUCAUGAGGUCAGUGAGACAGAGGAAGGGAAUAGUAAGUCAUGAGGUCACUGAGACAGAGGAAGGGAAUAGUAAGUCAUGAGGUUACUGAGAUAGAGGAAGGGAAUAGUAAGUCAUGAGGUCACUGAGACAGAGGAAGGGAAUAGUAAGUCAUGAGGUCACUGAGACAGAGGAAGGGAAUAGUAAGUCAUGAGGUCACUGAGACAGAGGAAGGGAAUAGUAAGUCAUGAGGUCACUGAGACAGAGGAAGGGAAUAGUAAGUCAUGAGGUCACUGAGACAGAGGAAGGGAAUAGUAAGUCAUGAGGUCACUGAGACAGAGGAAGGGAAUAGUAAGUCAUGAGGUCACUGAGACAGAGGAAGGGAAUAGUUAUCCUCCAGAGUUGACCGAGGUCAUGCCAUGUGCUGCUGUAGGAGAGAGAGAAGACAGAGAAGACAGAGGAAGGAAGGGAAUAGUUAUCCUCCAGAGUUGACCGAGGUCAUGCCAUGUGCUGCUGUAGGAGAGAGAGAAGACAGAGAAGACAGAGAAGACAGAGGAAGGGAAUAGUUAUCCUCCAGAGUUGACUGAGGUCAUGCCAUGUGCUGCUGUAGGAGAGAGAGGCUCAGCUUGUCCGUUAGUGAUGACAAGAGGAGAAAAAAUAGCCUCCAGCCUCUCCUGUCACUCUCCCGGACGUGUGUGUGUGUGCAUGUGUGUACGUGUACGUGCGUGAGUAUGUGUGUGUGUGUGUGUGUGUGUGUGUGCGUGUGUGUG